AUGGAUAAUAAUAUGAACAGCUGGAAAAGAUUAAACGAAAAAAAUCAAGUAGAUAUAGAAGAUUAUAAUUAAUUAUAAAAUAUUUCAACUGUUCUUAGCAAAGAACCUAAAGCUAAAGUGAAAGUUAGCUAUAGUGAAAGCAGUAGCAGUGAUGAAGAUGAUGAUGAAAAAUUUUUUAUUUAAAACUUUAGUCAAAAAAUGUCUAAUUCAACUUCUAAAAAUUAAAAUCAAUCUGAUCUUUAGAAAAAUAAGGCUGAAUUAGAGACUAAAAAAAUGAUCAAAAGAGUAGAGAGUUUUUAAGUUGAAAACUAGCAAACAAAAGAUAAUUAAGCUAUGCAUUAAAAAAUGGAGUUAAGCUCUUCUGAUGAUAGCGAUGAAGAUGUGGAGUUUAUAACAAAUCUUUAGAAAGCCUAGUAAUAUUAAAAUUUGUUGAAGGAAAUUAAUGAGGAAAAGUAUGUAAGCAUAGUUAUAACAGAAAUUAUAAAAAAAAAUGAAAUUCCUUAAGAAUACUGGUAAGCCUUUAAUCAAAUUGCAUGUGAUGAUCAUGACUUAGCUGAAAAGGAUAUAAACAAAAAUUAUACAUCAACAUACUUAAGAGUAAGUAUUAAGAAUAACAAAUAACUUGAAGAAAAGUUAAAAUUAGUAGAAAUAGGUCUGUUGUUAAUAGGGAGUACUUAUAAUGAUAUAGAAUAUGAUAUAGAUGAUCAAGCUAACUUUUUGGGAAAGUUUAAUUAUUAAUUAUUGAAGAUGUAGAACUAAACAGAUUAGCGCGAUAUACAUCUUUUCUUCUCUAUUUUACACUAGUUUUAGCUAUGUGAUAACAAGGAAAGAGUUAUGAAGGAGGUAUUUUCAAGCUCAAACAUCUUGAUUAUGGAGCCUGAUCAGAUGCUAUAUCCAACUUUGAUUGCUUAAUCUACGUCUUGUUAUAGGAUACCUUUGAUUAAAAUGAAGUUUAAAGUUACUGAAUCCACUAAUUGGAAUAUGUUAAAGGGUGUUAUAUUGCAUGACAUAUUCUAACAUCUGAUGACCUUGCAUAGCUAAAAUCAAUAAAUAAAAGAAAUCAUAAAAGAAAAAUCAGAUUCAUUUUUAACAGACAUAAUCAAAUAGCUUUACACUAAGUAUUUAGAAGAGCUUUUUUUGUUAGAAAAGUGCAUUAACACUUUCGAAAAGGAAAUCAAAUAUAUAGCAAAAAAUAUGAUGGACUUUUUGUAAAAUUAUUUAAUCGAAGGAAAACUUAUAGAAACUAAGUAUAGUAACAGAAAAAUUAAAAUUAAAAAGCUAGUUGAAAAUGAAAUGGUUGUUAAUAAUGAGGCUCUAGGACUAAAAGGAUAAAUUGAUUGUGUUUUCAAAUGUGAAGUUGAAGAAUAAUUUUCUGAUUAAAAAGAAAAAAAAUAUGAAUGUUUUCUUCCUUUUGAAUUAAAAACAGGUGGAAAAAAAAAGUAAAUUUAUGAAGAUUAAAACCUGUUUUACUGUCUCUUAUUAAAUCAAAAAUAUGAUCGUAAAUAAAAUUUAGAGGGUUUUUUAUACUAUUUAAGUUUAAAUGAUCUCACUACAUCAUGUCCCACUAAGUAAUCUUCUGUGAAUUUACUUACUAGAAGAAAUAAACUUGCUAAAUUUAUAAAGAAUAUGGAGACUCAAGGUAAAAUGCCAGAAAUAAAUAUUGAGAGACCUGAUAUUUGCAAAUUUUGCUAUGAAAAAGAAGCAUGCUAUGCAAAUCAAUUAGUUGAUGAUUAUGAUAAUAUUAAAGAUAUUGAAGAUUUACCUGAAAAAUAUAAAAUAGAUAAAUAAUUUGAGUAUUUUCAUUAAUUUUAUGAUAGCUUAACGGAAGGAUCGAAGCUUUAUUUAAAAAAAUGGAUAGAUCUAAUUUAAAUGGAAUAAUAAUGUGAUUCUGAUAUCAAAAAAGAUAAAAAAUAAAAGCUACUUAAUGAGGCUGACAAUCAGUUAAUUUUUAUGACUGAAAAUUUCGAUUAGUUUUUCUCUUCUUAAGUUGAGUAGCUCUAAACAAGUGGCUAUAUCUAAUCUUAGUAAAAUCUUUCUUCUAAAGAUAGCUCUAGAGAUAGUAAUGCAUCAUAAAAAGAAUAUGAACAUAUUAUUUAUUUGAGAAAAAUAUGUCCUUCGCUAAGUAAGCUUAUUGCUUUAAGCGAAUUUUACAAAGAAGGUGAAAGCUUUGUGCUUUAUUAGAUGGACAUAAAAUGCAAAUUCAAAGCUAUUUUAGAAGAAAAAACUCUUUAAGAGUAGAGUCACUCUAUUAUUUUAAAGCUUAAGAGCAUACAAGCCCAGGUUAACUUUGAUAAAAAAAAGGUUGAAAAAGUUUUAAAUAGUAAAAUUGGUAACGGUCUAUAUUGGAGUUUAGAGAGCUAUAACAAAGACUAAUAUCCAGAUUAAAGAUAGAAUGUUUUAAAUUUGAUUUUAAAUAAACUUGUUAUGCAAAGUGAAAGUCAUUAGAAAUUGAAAGAGGCUUAUAACUUAAAGUUGACCAAUAAGGAUUUUACAUCUGUUAUCAUAGAUAACUUUCCUCCUAAAUUUUAAAAUAAUGAAUUUACUGAUGAAAAGAUAGAAGAAAUUUUAAAUAAAUAUCCAAAUCUUCUCAAAAAUGUUGAUUAAGCUGAUUCUAUUAAAAAAAUUUUAAAAAGUGAAUCACUCACAUGCAUCUUAGGUAUGCCAGGAACUGGAAAGACAUUUUUAAUAGCUCAUUUAAUCAAGAUUUUAGCUGAUUAAAAAAAGAAGGUCUUGGUCACAAGUUUUACUAAUUCUGCACUUGAUAACAUAAUUGUUAAGUUAUUAGAGAUUUUCCCUGAGAUAAAAAAUAUUUGCUUAAGAAAAGGAUCAAAUAAAAAUUUGAUUCAUUCAGUUGCUCAAGAAAUUUUAUAUAAUCCUUACUCCUUUGAGGAAGAAAGAUAAUUUUCUGACUACUUAAAAGAAAAAUAGAUAUAUUUUGCUACCAUUAUUGGCUCAAAUAAUAAAUUAUUUCACAGUGAAAAGAUUAAAUUUGACUAUUGUAUUAUAGAUGAAGCCUCCUAGUGUGUAGAGCCUCUUUGCUUAGGUCCUAUGCUUAUUUGUGAUAAAUCUAUUUUAAUCGGAGAUCAUUUCUAGCUAUAACCUCUAGUUAAAAAUGAAGAAGCUGGCAAAUAAGGUCUUUCUAUUAGUUUAUUUGAAAGAAUGUGUAAUUAAUAUCCACUAUGUUAAGUGAAGCUUAAAAGCCAAUUCAGAAUGAAUAACAAAAUUAUGGAACUUUCAAAUAUAAUGGUGUAUAAUAAUUAACUAAAGGCAUUUGAUGAUAACAUUGGUAAUAGAAAAAUUAAAAUUAAUGAAGAUGACUUAAAAAGGAUAACAAACAAGAGUUUAAAUCAUUGUAUGUAACCUAACAAUGAGGUUGUUUUUAUAGAUACAAGCCUUUUGGAAUAAAGCUUCAAAGUUGAAGGAGCUGCUGAAGAAGAUUUAGUUUAGAAAUAAUCAAUUGAAGAAAAUAGAUUUUAGAUUAAGUUUAUUUGUUUGCUGAUUAAGAAAUUUUAAGAAGUCAAUAUUUAAAAUAAGAGCAUGGCUUUAAUUACCCCUUACAACUUUUAUAGAGUUCAAUUCUUAAAAAAUAUGAACUAGCUUCAUAUUGAAUAAAAUGACCUUGAACUCUUCACAGUUGACAAAAGUUAAGGAAUAGAUAAAGAUAUUAUAAUUUUACAUAUAUCUGAUAAAAUUGGAAAUGAUCACUUAUUAUCAAAUUGGAGAAGAACAAAUGUUGCUAUUACAAGAUCAAAAAUGAAAUUAAUCAUCGUUGGAAAUUAAAAUGUAUUAAAUCGCUAUAAAACCAUAGACACUUUAAUGACUAUACUCUAAUAAAAGAAAUAUGUAUACCAACUAACUCAACAAGAGAUGCAAGAAAUACAAGAAGAAGUUCUUUAAUUAUAAAAUCCUGAAAAUUGA